GUGUGAGAGAGAAACACUUUCAGAACGGACAAAUCUUUCAAGAGUAAAUUAUAUAUUUUGAAGCAGCCACAGGAUGACUUUGAAGCUGGGAAUCUGCACGAAGGCGGACCUCGAUGAGGCCAUGAAGCUGCAGAAGCGCGAGCAGUACGAGGAGGAGCGCAAGAAGCGCAUUUUCAAUGCCAAGCAGCGUCUGUACGGGCUGGAUCUCGACACGCUGGAGCGCCAAAUCCUCGAGAAGAACAAGCAGCGGAGCGUGCAGCAGGAAUGCGACAAGCGCUACGAGGAGCAGGAGCAGCUGCAGAAGCGCCUUAUUGCGGCCAAGGAGAAGGAGCUGGACAUGCAGACGCGCGUCGCCAACUCGGACCUCAACUACUACCGCUGCCGCUACCAGCGCAAGGAGCAGCGCCGCGAGUUCGACCUGAACGACCCAAACUAUCUGAAGAAGGCAAAGCCCAUGCGUAUCGCCGACGACGACAUCACACUGGGCGUCUCCAGUGCCCAGAUCUUCUCCGGCGAGGAUCUGUACAACAAUGACCGCAAGGUGCGGCAGCGGGAGCAGCAGCGCGCCUGGCUGGACCAGCAGGUGCUGGAGCGCAAGCAGGCGGAGGAGGCACGUCGCCAGGCGGACAACAUGCUGAUGGAAAACAUCAACUGCCGCGACAAGCAUCUGGAGGAGAUGGCCAAGUCGGAGCAUGUGAUGCGCAACCACAUCAUCCACAAGGUGCGCGAGUUCAACGUCAAUCUGGCCAAGCAGAAGCAGGUGGGCCGCGACCAGGCCAAGCGGGAGAAGUACGAGGACGACAUGGCCGAGAUAUACAACAUGCUGUCCAGCGACAUGCUCACGGAGAACCCAGACGUUGCCCAGUCUCGCACCGAUCCCAACAAGAAGAUCGCCUUCAUGUACCGCGGCAUGACGCCCGAGGAGUUGCUCGCCUUCCGCAAGGGCCAGGAACAGCAGCUGCUGGAUGCGGCCCAGCGCAAGACGGAGGCACAGCUCAUGGACAAGCAGUGGGAGCAGUACGCCAUCAACAUGGACCGCACUCUGAUGCUCAAGCAGAUCGAGGUAGAUCGCCGGCGCAAGGACCAGUUCGAUGAUCUGAUGCGGGCCAAUGCCAAGCUGGCGGUGGAGCAGGACGAGCAGCGCAAGCACUCGCUCGAGCAACUAAACAAUGCCGUCUUUGACGACUUUUACGAUCAGUUUAACAAGAAUUCUCGCUAGUCUAUAGUCACACACACACAGUCACACGUUCCAAGCAGUUCGACACAUUUCUGUGUCCCGACUGCGACUUGGAAGUUGUCCCAGUCCCAGUUGCAGCACUGCAGAGAGUCGGGGAAGGCUUCCUAGUCGCGACCAGGACACCAGUAACCCAUAAAUUUGUACCAGUUUUGUUUUCUCAAUUGGAUCAAGUGUUCGUUGCGACUGU